AUGUAUGUCAGGUCUGGCAAAGACGAACACAAUCGUCGUAUAUUAUAUACGACUGGAGAAAAAUUACGUACGUUUGAAAAAAUAUCUGAUAUUACGAUAGAUGAUGUUGUAUCCGCUUUUUUAUGAGUACAUGCUUGGACCUGCAACAGAAAUUAAUUUUUAGGUAACAAGUUGGUCAAAAACAAGGUCUUCAAUAAGUUUAGGUAAUAAAAUGUUAAAAAUAGCCGAUUUAUAAAAAUUUAGAUAAUAAUUUUCAUAGAACUUGUGUAUUUUCACCAGUGUUUAGGUAACAGAUUUUGAAUUUUUAGGUAUAAAGUUUUCUUAAAAAAUCAUUGUAGCUUUAAGUAUACUGUAGGAAAGUCAUGUUAACUUAUACUUAUAUAACUAAUAUUACUUUAUAAAUCUCAGGGCGAUGCAGGGUAGUGUAGGGUAGACUAGUGUAGUGUAAUGUACGGUAGGAUAGCAUAAAACCGUUUACGGUACAGCAAAGUAGGCAGUGUAGGGCACGGUAGGGCAUGGUAUGUAAGACAAUGUAGCGCUUGAUGUGAUAAGGUGUAACUGGGCAAAAGAAGAAGGUUAAGGUGUAGAUUAGAUAACGUAGAGUAUGGUGGGGUAAGGUAGGGUAGGGUAGGGUAGGGUAGGGUAGGGUAAGGUAGGGUAGGGUAGGGUAGGGUAGGGUAGGGUAGGGUAGGGUAGGGUAGGGUAGGGUAGGGUAGGGUAGGGUAGGGUAGGGUAGGGUAGGGUAGGGUAGGGUAGGGUAGGGUAGGGUAGGGUAGGGUAGGGUGGGGUAGGGUAGGGUAGGGUAGUGUAGGGUAAGGUAGGGUAGGGUAGGAUAAACCUAGUAAUGCUAAGGUAUUUAUGUCACAUUAUGUUGAUAUUCUAUUACAUUUUGCUUCAAUAUACGUUCAGAAACGACAAUGUUCGUUACCAUUUCAAAAUAAAUAAACAAAAAGAAAAUAAAGAAUUGAUCAAAGAGCGAUCGUCACCCACUUACAAUAUAUAAAGUAUCUGCUCGUGAUUCGAAAGUAACUUCUAUAGUAAUGUUGUUUGUUUUUAGAACUUUGUUUCUUUUUACUCUGUUAACCGUCGUAUUAGCUGGGUUUGGCGAUGGUAAGUUGUAAUUCAAGUUUUAAUUUUAAAAUUUUAAUUUUUCAAAAUUUUUUUUAUUUAAAAAAUUGAAAUCUUAAAAAAUUUAGACUUUGUGACAUGCAUAGUAAACAACUGUCAGCCAUACUACGGCAAACCAGAAUACAAAUGUGUGCCAACCAGCAGUUGUAAUGGUAAAUUGUACGAUCAAGAUGGGAAGUUUUUGAUAGAUGUGUAA